CAGGGGGGAUAUACUAGUCGAGAUGCAAUGAAAUUAGGAAGGCCCACUAAGCUUCAAGAAAGACACUCCUUCACCAGGUCAGCAAUUGACCUCCCCGGUGUAGCCACUGCUUCCCUCAUCACGCCUGCAAUUAACCCAUGGCCCUCAAUGCCCGCGGCUGCGCAGCACCUGACGAAAGCAGUGGUCAGACCUGUGACGCGGCAGAGGCUGCUGAGGAUCUCUGGACCCGGACUGGCCACCACUGGAAAUGCUUUCAAGGAAGUCGUUUGUUUCACCGUCCUGUUCAGUUAUCAUUGGCCUCAAGAUGCAGCGAAACCACGACCAUUUGAUUUUGAUAUUGGGCACCUUCGCAGCCACCUGAGCAAUCUUCGGCGGCGUGGCCGAGUGUAGCGAAGAGAAAGACGCACUUGGGGUCACGCGCUCGGACUACGGGCGCGCGUACAGGGAAGCCGACGAAGCAGAGAGAAAUAAAAUGACUUGCCCAAGGAA